GCCUCCGGUGACGAUCGACGCAUGCGCAAGGGCCCAGUGUCAGAGCAGCACCAUCAGAGGAACAGCAGCCAACACCGGGGAGACGGGAGCUGUGGUGUUUAUUUAAUACAAGAUAAACUUUUCUCCACAAUGUCGGGAUUUGACAGCAACCCCUUCGCUGACCCAGUGGACGUAAAUCCUUUCCAGGAUGCCUCAAUCACACAAGCCACCAAGGGAGUUACUGAAAAUGUUGGGGAGUUCAACCCCUUCUCUGCAACUGUAAUGGGAACCCAGUCUGACACGACCAUCCCCGUCUCUGCUACCUCCUCUCAACCAGCCAUCCUGCAGACCUCUGUGGAGCAGAGCGCACAAGCAACUGCAGCUGCUGGCCAGGCUAACCUGAUCAAACAGCAAGAGGAGCUGGAGAGGAAAGCAGCUGAGCUGGAGCGGAAGGAGCAGGAGCUACAGAACAGGGCCGCAGGCAGAGCGCCGAACACUGGCACUAAAGAGAACAACUGGCCACCUCUUCCCACGUUCUUUCCUGUGAAGCCCUGCUUCUAUCAGGACUUUGAGGAGGACAUCCCUGAGGAGUACCGCAGGAUCUGCAGGAGAAUGUACUACCUGUGGAUGCUCCACAGUGCCACUCUCUUCCUCAACGUGCUGGCCUGCCUGGCUUACUUCACUGCAGACCCUCAAUACGGCGUUGACUUUGGUCUGUCCAUCCUCUGGUUCCUCCUCUUCACCCCUGUGUCCUUCAUCUGUUGGUACAGGCCCAUCUACAAGGCCUUCAGGUCUGACAGCUCCCUCAGCUUCUUUUUCUUCUUUUUCAUCUUUUUCUUUCAAGUGUCAGUGUACAUCAUCCAGAGUGUAGGGAUCCCAAAAUGGGGAAACAGUGGAUGGAUCGCAUCCAUCAGCAUGAUCCGCAGUAACUUGGCUGUAGCUGUGGUUAUGAUGGUGGUGGCUGUUUUUUUCACUGUAAACGCUGUCCUGGCUGUCAUCCUACUGAAAAUGGUCCACUCUAAGUACAGAAGGACAGGUGCCAGCUUCACCAAAGCCCAGCAGGAGUUCUCCCAUGGAGUCAUUACCAACCCAACCGUCCAGACUGCUGCAGCAAGUGCUGCUACAUCUGCUGCCCAGGGUGCCUUUGGCAGGAGCCAGGGAAAUUAGACUGUUUCCCACAUCCUGAGUGCCUCAGGCCAGUCUCUUUUUUGACCAGUAUACGUGACUAACCAUGUCCCAACAUUCUUCAAUGGGUAGGGGAUGAGAGUUUGAUUAUUUAAAGAAAAGGGCCAGAAAACAAAUAAUUUAUGACGAGGGGAGUUGUCUCUCCAGCAGAUCAGCCGAGCGAGGUGUUAUUCUUGGAAAUGUAGGAAAUCACAAACUGAAAUUGAAUAAAACAAGGCCAAAAAGAAGUGUGGGUGAGUGCAUAUGACAAAAAAUUAUUUGGCAACACCUCAACAAAAACAUAACUCCUGGAAUGGAUUUAACAUAGACGAAAGAUGUAGACAUGAGUGUCUGCAGUGCACCACUGAACAGGGCUGGGAUUUAAAGAAAAAAGGUACAUUUAUUUAAAUCCUGUCGUUAAAGACGCUGGUAGAAGUAUUAGUAUUUUUCUAUCUCACUUUUGAUGUAUAAAUAACAUACUGGGGCCUCAAAAAUAAACUCUAUGCUUGACAUAAGAAUGUUUUACCAUCAGUGAAUGAUGGAUCCACAUAAUGUAUUUAUACAUAUUUUUGUCAUUACAGCAGCAUGUAGAGCGUUACAGGGUAACCAGUCUAUCAUUCUGCCUUCUAUAAACAGUUAAUAUAUACAGUAUACUUUGAACUACUAAGUUCUGAUAGUUUUCUAGUUAGUUUGCUCUCAGGCAAUCAGACUGGAUGCCCUAUAAACACAGAUGCAUCCUGCUACAUCUUACACUACUGAUGAACACAGUUGCUGUUUUAAUUUUGUUGUCUUGUAUAUAAUACUGUAUAGGAUAAGCUGAUGAUUAAUGAAGGUGAUGGGAUGAAGGUUUUCUUUCUGUUUUAAUCAGUUUACUGAUAUAAAUGAAGUGAGACAAAAAGCUCUUCUGAGGGCAAAUGAAGAUGAGGUAUAACUGGGAUUGCACAUUUUAAUUCAAGUUAAGAUUACCAUUAUAUUUUCUCUCAUAAUGUAGUAUGGAGCCUGCUGUGAUUAAAAUGAAAUGCGGGGUGCAGGUUUAUUUAAUAUAACAUUACUGACGUAGUAUAGAAUUAGAAAAAGUGCAUUAAUGAGCUGAAAGAACACAGUAUGUUUCUGUCAAUUAUCCAUUCUUUUGACUUAGAUCCCUAGGGAAUAUCCUGCAGACAAGUCAUGUGUUUGUGAAUAGAUGCAGAUAGUUUUUAUUUCUAGCUGCACCUACUUGUUAGGUAUUAGCAUUUUCAUGUUUUACUUGUGAAUAUAUACAUGGUGUCCAAUUCUAAUCAUAUGUUACAAUCACUUUGUGUAGGUGUAACUUCAAUGCCUUUAAGCAGAUGUAACAUACCAAUUUUUGUGUGGGGAUUUAAGCACAAGGCUGAUGGUUAUUAGUGUUUUUGUCUGUCUUUAUGGAGAAAUUUGGUUUAUGGUAAAGUUUGAUGAUCAGAAGGUGUGUUGUACAUAUUGGUGACUUAUUUAAAACAUUUUUGCUGAAAGGGUAUUUGUUGGAAAUUGGUUCUCAGUCUUAACAUCAAAUAAACUUUUAUUUUCUCUUGAAAA